AUUUAUAUACUUUUCUCUUUCUUACAGGAAAUUUUAUUACAUCACUCUGCUGAGAGAUCCUGUGUCCCGCUACCUCAGUGAAUGGAGACAUGUGCAACGAGGAGCUACCUGGAAAACAUCCUUGCACAUGUGUGAUGGCCGAACACCAACCCCUGAAGAGUUACCAUCAUGCUAUGAAGGCACAGACUGGUCAGGCUGUACUCUUCAGGAGUUCAUGGACUGCCCAUAUAACUUAGCCAACAACCGUCAAGUGAGGAUGCUGGCUGAUUUGAGUUUGGUGGGCUGCUAUAAUAUGUCCUUUAUCCCAGAAAACAAGCGAGCACAGAUACUGCUGGAGAGUGCCAAGAAGAAUCUAAAAGACAUGGCCUUUUUUGGCUUGACAGAGUUCCAGAGAAAAACACAGUACUUAUUUGAGAGAACUUUCAAUCUGAAAUUCAUCAGGCCAUUCAUGCAGUACAACAGCACAAGGGCAGGUGGAGUGGAGGUGGACAACAAUACCAUACGAAGGAUUGAGGAGCUUAAUGACUUGGACAUGCAGCUGUAUGACUAUGCAAAGGACCUCUUUCAACAGCGAUACCAGUACAAGCGACAGCUGGAGAGGAUGGAGCAGAGGAUAAAGAAUCGGGAAGAGAGGCUUCUUCACCGGUCUAAUGAGGCUCUUCCCAAGGAAGAGAUGGAAGAGCAAGGACGUUUGCCUACAGAGGACUACAUGAGCCAUAUUAUAGAGAAGUGGUAACCUUGACAAUUUUUUUUACUAAGAACAGAAUAUUGAGGUUUCCAUAAUAAAAGAAACAUGGAAUUAAAAACAAUCUUAUUUAAGAACAGUCUGUAAAACAGAAGGUAGGAUGCUUCUUUAAACAAAGGGUCUUUUUACUAUUUCUUAUAAGACCAAUGGGGUUCUUAAUAAAAUAAAAUAAAACAAAAAAAAUAAAUAAAGAGUCAAUGCUAGAAAGCUCAGAUGCACAAACAUUGCCCCCACCCCCACCCCGGCUCUGAGGCCAAAUACAUUGUAAUGUUUCAUUUCCUCAUAGUCUGAUCUAGAAGCCAUGGAUGGUAGCUUUGUAACCACUCUUUUUCAAGUUGAUCUUCCAAAAUCUGGAUUUUUCCCCCUGGUUCAUGUCAGGUUUUCAAUUGUUAAAGUCAUGGUAAUGAUAGUAGAUCUCCAACCUAGAUAGAGACUUUGCCCCAAAUACAGCUAUUUGGCCUCAAAUGGAAACAAUGGUUAAAAAGAAUGCCGUCUAAUCAAUGCAAAGAAGAACAAAGGAAAAGAAUAAAGCAGAGAAUAUUCAAGCAAAUACACCUGGAUCACAAAGCAAGCACAGAGGUUUGGAUAUGUUGUGCUAGUAUCUUGCAUGCAGAGACCGCAUUCACUCAUAUACACUGCAUUACUUAAACUGGAGAAUUUGCAAACAAAUAUCCUCAAUAUUUGCUUUACAGGUAGAUGUCCUUAGUAAAUCUUACACGCAAUCUUACCACAUAUUCAUGCAAUUCCUUUUCUAAAGAUGAGUUGUGUGUGCAUCAGUCCUUUGCCUUUAAGAAGAGAUGGUCCACUGGGCUAAGAUGUUUCAUACAAACGGAUCAUCACAGAGUUUAUUGUUCUCAUGCUGGAACUUGCUUAUGCCUAAAAAAUCCUUUGCUCCAAUAAGAGUAUUUCUUUAAUUAGAAACAAAUAUUAAACAUUCAGAAUACUCCUUAUUCAAGAUGACAUAUUUUAUCAUAAACAUCAGUGAGUGCAAUAAAAAUAGGCCUAUUUAAGUCCCAUGCAUGGCUUGAUAUAAGCGUUCAACUGAGCACUUUAGCUGCACUGAUUUCAACCUAGGACUUAGAUGCAGCUAACUUUUACUAGAUUACAUCUACUGUCUAUAGGCAUAAUAACUGCUGUUUUAUUGAACUUAUGAGACAGCACUUCAUAUCGCUUUUUCACAGAAUAGACAAAUUUUGCCUUGAGUUUUCAUUUUAAACAAAGCAGCUGUAUCAGAAGACUGGAAAUCUUGACUGAGUCUCAACUUCAGGCUUUGAUUUUACAAUCCUUUUUAUAACCACUGUAUUACUUUCUUUAACAUUAUACAUAUUUUGUUCAGAGCUUUUUCAGUGAUAAAUUUGAUCUCCCCAUUUAAAAUGCUGAUUUUGUUUCUUUUCUAUGCACAUCUCUGAGAGUUGGUUUGAAUGAUGCAAAAACAAAUUGGGUCCAUUACCUUCCUUGCCUGUGACUACCUGUCCCUAGAAAGUGAAUCGGUUACAUUAGUAGCUAAGUCUGACUGAUUGGACUCACCAGUUCUCAGAUGAGGACUCACUGCAAAUCAUUCAGAGAAAUGGCAGUACAGAAGGUUUAUGCUGAAAUUUAUGUAACCUCUAUCUACAUGGCUUUAUCUUUUUAGUCAUCCCCCCCGCCCCCCCGGCAGUCAGUGAAAAGGACUUGGAUCAUAUAGAAAGAAAAGCUCAGUAAACGCAUGGAGUUCCUGAAAAACAUACCCAUCUAAUGAAGUGCUUAUGUGAUGAAGUCAAAUACUCAAGGGCCCCUAUCUAUCCCCACAUUGAAAGUUACAAGGGGUCUUAAGUACUUGACCAGAUCAACCUGUCAAUCAGUGCUAGUGCUGUACCUCGUCUUGGCUUGUUAGUGCUUCUAUGAAGAAGGCCCGCCUGUUCUCUGAGUGUACACAGCUGGUCAUAUAUAUUCAUUUGAGAUUUAGGCCAGGAAAACCCAUCUCUUAACGUAGAAUUAUUGUUUUAUUGUUAUGGAGGAGAGGCUGCAUGCUUAAAAUCCUGAAUUUGGAAAUAAUAACAGUUGACUAAUGCAUAGGACACCUGUGCAUUUCUAUCACUAAAUGAAGCCUUUUUAAAAAUAUGUUUUUAAGAAUCUUUUUACCCAUAAAACAUGUCAGCCAUAGAAGGCCACUGUUCUUUAUGCAGUACAUAAAGCUUUACCAGUGGCUUUUUACUGUGCACUCAAAAUUAGGGAUCUAUAGUACAAAAUGUAGAUCAUCACAGUGUACAGAGUAGAAAGCCUGCUGGGUUAUGCUUUGUACAGUUCACACCAAGUCCCAAGGUUCAGAAUUUGCUUCUGCAUAUUGAGCUACAUGAUCAAAGACAAAACGUACAGUGUUGUUCUUUGUGUCUAAAUUUAACUUCCACAAAAAACCUGAAUGUAUGUUAAUGGCCCUGCCUAGGGAACCUCCUGGUGGAGGCUUUCUCUCACAUUUUCUUUGUAUAAUCAUGUUCUAACAACAAGCUAAAGAAAUAAAACUACUGAAUAUGGUUAUCAACUUCACUUAAAUCUGCCAAAGGAAAGUGAGUGUGUGCAUGUGUGAUCUUUUGUGCUCAAAAUGCAUUAAGUUGAGGCGGAUGAAGGGAGUGUGUCCCCAUUUCAGAUCCCAAUUCUGGCAAAUGGUUUCCUUCUUGAAUUUUCCUAUAUGUAAAUUAAGGAUGAUUAUCCUUAUCCAUUACAAAAAGACAUUUACUAGUUGACAUUUCAAAAUUGUUUGUACUAAAUGACUCCAGAAGA